AUUUGAUUGUUGAACAUGCCCCACAGUCUCAUGAGUGAAGAGAAAGUAUUUGAGGUUCUGUUUUGUUUAACACAUUAUCUUGUGUCUCCACAGCCUUUCUUCAGACUACUGAACCUCCGGAAGCUCGGCCUGAGUGACAAUGAGAUCCAGAGACUCCCUCCUGAGGUGGCUAACUUCAUGCAGCUGGUGGAACUGGACAUCUCCAGAAACGACAUUCCUGAGAUCCCCGAGAGCAUUAAAUUUUGCAGGGCCUUGGAGAUCGCAGACUUCAGUGGAAACCCCCUAUCCAGAUUACCAGAUGGCUUCACUCAACUACGAGCACUGGCCCACUUGGCACUCAACGACGUGUCAUUGCAGACGUUGCCCAACGACAUUGGAAACCUGGCCAACCUAGUGACGCUGGAGCUCAGGGAGAACCUGCUGAAGUCUCUGCCCACGUCGCUCUCUUUCCUGGUGAAACUGGAACAGCUGGACCUGGGCAGCAAUGAACUGGAAGUUUUGCCGGACACCCUUGGUGCUCUCCCCAACCUGAGGGAGCUAUGGCUGGACCGUAACCAGUUGUCCUCAUUACCACCAGAGCUGGGGAACCUCCGGAGACUGGUGUGUCUGGAUGUGUCAGAGAAUCGUCUGGAGGAGCUUCCCUCAGAGCUAAAUGGCCUCCUGGCUCUCACUGACCUGCUGCUCACACAGAACCUGCUGGAUGUCGUCCCAGACAGCAUAGGUUGCCUGAAACAGCUCUCCAUCUUCAAGGUGGACCAGAAUAGACUGACCCACCUCACUGAUUCAAUAGGAGAGUGUGAAAACCUCACAGAACUCGUCUUGACAGAGAACCUUUUACAGUCACUUCCUCGCUCGCUGGGCAAGCUGAAGAAGCUGACCAACCUGAAUGUAGACCGCAACCGUUUGGGCAGCGUGCCCAAAGAGCUGGGAGGCUGCGCCAGCCUCAACGUUCUCUCAUUGAGAGAUAACCGCCUGGGAAAACUGCCUGCUGAGCUUGCAGAUGCCACUGAGCUGCACGUGCUGGAUGUGGCUGGGAACAGAUUACAAAACCUGCCUUUUGCCCUGACAAACCUCAAUCUGAAGGCCAUGUGGCUCGCAGAGAACCAGUCUCAGCCAAUGCUCAAGUUCCAGACGGAGGAUGACGAGCGCACAGGAGAGAAGGUGUUGACCUGCUAUUUACUGCCCCAGCAGCCUUCUCCGAGCCUAGAGAACUUGCUGCAGAACAGUGUAGAUGACAGUUGGACAGACAGCAACCUGAACCGAGUGUCAGUCAUUCAGUUCCAGGAGGAGACCAAAGCUGAGGAUGAGGACGAUGAGGCUGCUGCAGAGCGCAGAGGCCUUCAGCGCAGAGCCACACCGCACCCUAGUGAGCUGAAGGUGAUGAAGAAGGUGAUUGAGGAGAGGAGGAAUGAAGCCUACACAUCCAGACCUGAUGGAGAGGAAGAGUCCCACGAUCCACAGGAGAAGCGGCUCAGUGACCUGUCCAAUCAGAGCCAUGACUCCCAGGUGUCAAAUAGCACACUGUCGGCCACCUCCCAUGAGGACAGACACAAUGUGACUGUGGCCUCGCAGAGGGAGGACCUAGUAGAUGGCCACUCCCCUCAGGACGAGGAAGAGCUGGAUGAGAUGGAGGUGGAGUAUAUUGAGCCCACUGUGCACUUUGCAGAGGAGCCCAUCAUCCGUGGUGGGGAUGAGGACGACGAAGAUGAUGGGGAAGAUGGCGAGAGGAGCGAAGGAGAAGACGAGAGGCCGGCUUUUCCCGCAGAGAAGCAGCGUCUGAUCAGAAAGGACACGCCACACUACAAGAAGCACUUCAAGAUCACCAAGCUGCCCAAGCCCGAGGCCGUGGCCGCCCUGCUAGAGGGCUUCAAUCCCGACAGCCUCAACUCUCCGUCACAGGCCGCCGAGGACGAUCAGGACGAGGAGGAAGAGCAAAGUAUAUGCACCCCUCAGCACCAUCACAGAACGGAGGAGCUUGAGGACAGCCGACACCAGGUCAACUCCAGUCAAGUAAAGGGGGUGUCAUUUGAUCAAGUCAAUAAUCUGCUGAUUGAACCUGCUCGAAUUGAGGAGGAAGAGCACACCCUGAACAUCCAGCGACAAACAGGCGGCCUGGGUAUCAGCAUUGCUGGAGGGAAAGGAUCUACACCUUACAAAGGAGAUGACGAGGGAAUCUUCAUCUCCAGAGUAUCUGAAGAGGGUCCUGCAGCCAGAGCGGGGGUGAAAGUGGGAGACAAACUCCUAGAGGUGAAUGGCGUGGACCUCCACGAAGCAGAACAUCACACAGCAGUUGAAGCUCUUCGUAGCUCCGGCGCUACAGUUUCCAUGACGGUGCUGCGGGAGCGUAUGGUGGAGCCAGAGAACGCCAUCACCACCACGCCGCUGAGACCGGAGGACGACUACUUCCCGCGGGAGAGACGGAGCAGCGGCCUCGCCUUCAACUUGGAGACGACUCAAAGCGGGCCUCAACAGCGGCUCUCUACCUGCCUGAUGCGAAACGACAAGGGGCUGGGAUUCAGCAUCGCGGGGGGCAAAGGCUCCACGCCCUACCGCACAGGCGACACGGGAAUCUACAUAUCUCGCAUCGCAGAAGGGGGAGCAGCUCACAGAGACAGCACACUGCGCGUGGGCGACCGGGUGAUCUCUAUCAAUGGUGUAGACAUGACAGAGGCCAGGCAUGACCAGGCAGUAGCGCUCCUUACCGGCACCUCCCCCACCAUCGCCCUCCUAGUGGAGCGAGACCCGAAUGCACCAGGGGGCUCUCCAGGUCAAUCCCGGGCACGAGCCCACUCCCCUCCACCCCCAGAACCCUCAGAUUCACCAGACCAGGAGGAGGAAGGACUUUCCCUUCAUGGGAACCACCUGAGCCAAAUGGAGGACGAGUAUCCUAUCGAGGAAGUGACCCUGGUGAAGUCAGGUGGCCCUCUAGGCCUGAGCAUCGUGGGAGGCAGUGAUCAUGCAAGUCACCCGUUUGGAGUCAAUGAACCUGGGGUGUUCAUCUCAAAGGUGAUCCCUCAAGGUCUAGCAUGUCAAAGUGGACUUCGUGUUGGGGACAGAAUAUUAGAAGUGAACGCCAUCGACCUGCGUCACGCCACACACCAGGAAGCUGUGCGAGCCCUGCUGGCCAACAAACAGGAGAUCCGUAUGUUGGUACGGAGGGACCCUUCACCACCUGGGAUGCAGGAAAUUGUGAUCCAGAAGCAGCAAGGGGAGAAGCUUGGAAUCAGUAUUCGUGGAGGUGCCAAGGGACAUGCAGGAAAUCCCUUUGACGCCACAGAUGAAGGAAUCUUUAUCUCUAAGGUGAGUUCGAGCGGCGCAGCAGCGAGGGACGGGCGACUGCAGGUUGGCAUGCGUAUCCUGGAGGUGAACAACCACAGCCUGCUGGGGAUGACGCACACGGAGGCAGUGCGAGUGCUCCGUGCUGUAGGAGACUGUCUGGGCAUGCUGGUGUGUGACGGCUUCGACCCACGAAAGGUGACUGCUGUGGAGGCAUCUCCGGGCAUCAUUGCCAACCCGUUUGCAACAGGCAUCGUCCGUAAGAACAGUAUGGAAAGCAUCUCGUCUAUAGACCGUGACCUGAGCCCAGAGGAGAUUGACAUAAUGCAGAAGGAGUCUGAGAUGGUGAGAGAGACAUCACAGUGGGAGCGAGAAGAAAUGGAGAAAGUGGAGCGUAUGCGUUUGGAGCGAGAGGAGGCAACUCGCCUGCUAGAAGAGGAGACUGAGAACAUCGGCACUGGACCUCUAAAACUUGACUACAAAACCCUGGCUGCACUGCCCACCACCAGUCUGCAGAAGCUCAACAGGUUCUCUACUUCUGUAAGUCUGACUGCUCCCAUGGAGGCCCCCAUGCAGGCCCAGUACGGAGCCCCAGUAGAGCCUCUGGGCUUCGGCUUAGGCCACCCCUCAAAUCCCCUCAGCCACAUGGACCCCAAGUCCUGCCACAGUCUGAAUACAGAGCAUCUGCUCCAGUCUGAACACGCAGAUUAUCUUCUUGGAUCCCAGUUUUCCUCCAAUGGGACCUCCACUACCGACAGUGCCGGCUCGUCAACCACCAUUAACUCAUCAACAUGUGCAGCUGAAGAAGAGGAAUGCCUGGUGGACUCUCAGCCUAUCUGCUUCAAAGAGAACCCUUUCUUGGUGGCCAAUCGCAAAGGAAAGGGCCGUCCGGCUGGAGAGCAGGUCCUGUCGGGGCCUCCGGUGGGCUAUGGGAAGCCAGGCCAGCUGCAGCCCUGGUUGUUCAGCAAGGCGCCUCCCUCAGAUUUCACCAGGACGGAGAGCCCAAUCAGAGAAGCACCGUACUCUCCCACGAUCCAACCGCCAAGCCACCACUCUACCCACAGCUCCCCAACAUGUGCAGGCAGGGAGACCCGCUUCGCAAACAUUCAUUACACCUCCACUCCUACUGCCAAGGACGACACUUCAUCAUCAACGCGACCAGGUGCCAUCCAGCCAGUCGGGCGCAUGCGGCAGAGUCCCUCUCCCGCCACUCCGGAGGGCCACAGUCCCAACCCCUUCCAGCAUGGCCCCUCCCCCUUCAACUCCCAGACCUCUCCUCGCGCCCCCUCCCCCACCUCGCCCGACGAGUUCCCCAUGAAUGUCAAGCAGGCAUACAAGGCAUUUGCCGCCGUGCCUCGCUCACUGGCAGUGCUGGAGCCGCCGCAGGACCUGUAUGGUGUGAGGAACAAUUUCCACCCGAAGCAACCUUCUCCAGAGAUGUGGCCUUUUCAGCCUGAGUGGAACAACGAGGUGUUUGAUGAUGACAUAGAUGGUCAGGAGGGAGCCGGUAAGGGUCUGACCAGCAAGGUCUCCCCCCGUCGGGAGUAUAUGAGCCUGGCAGCAGUGCCUCGCCUCUCCAGGCCGUCCUUGGAGCUGCAGAGUCCUUCUCCUGGUGGUAAGGACAGUCCCGAGCAGCGCUCUUUCAGGGACCGACAGAAGUAUUUUGAGAUUGACGUGAAGCAGCAGACACCAGACAAACCCAAACCUCGAGUAUCUCUUGUCGGAGAAGAUGACCUCAAGAAAAUGAGGGAGGAGGAAGAGAGGAAGUUUGAGCAGCGGGCGCGGGAGUACCUGCUGGAUGAGGAUGAGGAGGAUGAGGAAGAGGACCUGGCUAAGCAGAUGGCACAGAUGAAGGCCUCUGGCAAAGUGUUGCUGGAUGGAGUGGAGUACAAAGUGGAGCCGGUAUCCAGCCCAUCCCAGCACUGUUCCACACCACCAAGCUACAACGUCACACCGCCAAGCUACUAUGGCGGCUCAGGGCCUUCCUCCGUUGAUGGUAAGGGAGAAUCUCAGAGGAAUUCACUAGAGGACAGCUUCAGGCUGGAGCAGAGGCCGAACUCCAUGACUGGUCUGAUCCCCGUGUACCCCGGGGAGUCGGUGGCUCCCAUCCGCACAGCCAAAGCGGAGCGCAGGCACCAAGAGAGACUUCGUAUGCAGAGCCCCGAGCUGGCCGUGUCCCCUGACAAGGACCUGUCCCCUGCUGAGAAACGAGCUCUGGAGGCGGAGAAGAGAGCCAUGUGGAGGGCAGCACGGCCCUGUGGCCUAGAGGAGGAUGUUAGGCAGUAUGAGCAGGACCUGGCUAAGAGGCUCUACCAGGCCAGAGUGAGGGCAUCUCAGGGCACGCCCGAGGCCCCCCAGCCCCCCACCUCCUCUACCUCCUCCUCUGCAGCCUCCCAGCUCAGGUCUGCUCCUCGGCCCCAGUCGUCAGGGCCAGACGCACGGCAUCGUGGGGUGUGCUGGGGUGCUUUGCCAUUGGGAUCCAUGCUGACUGGUAUGUCUCCAUAUCCUCACCCCGCCCCCCACACCCUCUCCCAACACCUAUCGGAAGGAUUCAGGGAAGCGUCCCUGUCGUCAAAGAAGUUUGACUACCGACAGUUUGCUGCCAUUCCUUCUUCCAAACCCGUAUACGACAUCCAGUCCCCCGACACAGUCGAUGACAUGCAGUUCAUCGACGACGGCUCCAGCAACCCAGGGCCCGCUGCGAGCCCUGAGGCCGAGGUUCCCGCCGCGCUGCCUGCCACCUCGGCCCUGGAGGAGAUGGCUCUGUACAGCAACAAGCGCAAACUGAGGCAGGGCCGCCGCAGCCUGGAGACCGCCGUGCCCACGUAACACCUCCCUCGGAGAGAAGAAACCCGAAGACAAAAAUGCGAACACACAAACACAUAAAACUACACUGUGGAACACUGGUAACGCGUGGGCACGUCCACAGGAGUCACUAAACACUACACAGUGUCAGUAGAGCGAGAUUUACUCUCCUAUAUAUAACCACUGCAGAGACUACGAUAGGCACCACACAUACACACUCACAUAUAUCCUGCGUGCCAGUCUUGCCUAUACAGUCUGUGGAUGAGUCGGCAAGUUGCUCAACAGUCCCUCAAGGGCAGGAAAGAGCGCGUGUGGUUAGAUAGGAUUGCUACUUACAGACCGUUCUUCUGUUUUUUUGUUCUACACUCGGUUUACCUAGUAGAAGCUGAUCUAUUUUAAAAAAAGGAGGUGACCGAAGUUUUUAGUUUUUGUUUUUUUUAAUUUUCCGCACCUCCAAAUGAUUUUGCUGUUAAAAAAAAAGAAAAAAACACCAUACUGGAAGAGAAAAGAAAUGGGUCAUAGCUAUACUAACGAUAUUUUUAGGCUUUCAGUGAACAGAUUGUGAAAUGUCAGGGGUUUCUUGAGACUUGGGCGGACAGGAGUGUAUAUAUUAAUUGAGGAGGGAACAUGCUGCUACCUUCACAGUCACAAGAGAGCUUUUUUAAAAAAAGGAAAAGAAAAACCAUAUCUUUUUGCACUGCCACUGAUCAGCUUUUUUUAGAACAUAUAUCUUAAGUAAUUUAUUGUUUUUAAUCCAUUUAUUCAAAUUGAAGGCCUUCUAUUUUACACUGUUUUAACCCAUCCAGUCCUUUUCAUUAAAAACAUUUCAAUGGCAGUUGUGGGUCACGAAGUCACGGCUCUCAGCUGCAUAUCACUUUAUAUCAUUGACUUUAUACACACGUAUGAAUUCCCCCAGGGGUUUUUUGAGAGGAGCAAAUGUACAACUUGGACUGCUUAGACAAAGUAUAGCUGUUGCACAUUAGAAAUAAAUCUGUCCAGAUUUAUUGACGGUGUUACAUUCCCCUUGUAGAGAAUAAGACAACACUGGAGGCAGCAGCUUUACAGAUGAACCGUUCAGAAUAUUAAAGUUUGGCAUUUUAACGUUUAACUAAUUAACGGUACUUACCCUGUCCUGUUUAGGGUAUUGUUUUUAUUUUAUUUUAUCAAUGUGAAUCAUUAAUAUCUAGCCUUGAAUUUUCUGGAGGGAUUCCAGAGUGACGUGAAGGUAGCAGGUGUUUUUAUUUUUCUGUCUAUGGUUAAUUUAAAUCUGAUGCCACUGAAAUCAUUUAUUAUUGUGUGAAUAAUGUACAAAUACUGAAAGGAAAGCAAACUUUGGGUUUAGAAACUGAGCCAGUCUUGACCUAGACCAAGCGAGUGUCUGGACUGCUGACGCGUCUGGGUUUGGACGGGCCUGGUAUCGGGACGCUCUCUGCAUGUAUAUUGGUUUGUUAAUGGGAGAGCUGAGAGAGAGCAGAACCGAUUAGAAAUCCCUCUCAAGACAUUGAUCUCAUUCAUUCAGUUCACUGCUCGACAUACCGUCAGUUGAUGUAUCUGAUGGGUAUUUUGGCAGAAUCACAGCAUAGUAGCAUUUGUGUUAAUUUAAUGUAGGGUCUUCUAAUGAUAGCUUUCCAUGUUGCUCUCACUGACUGAAAUUCAGUUUGUUUGAUAACAUUUGCAAUGGCUGAUAUUUCCUUUUUUUUAAACUUACAGUAGGUAAAUCUUUUUUUCAGAUGGGUUUCACUACAUUAUUAAUGCAGUGUUUCAAGUUUUCGUGUUUAUUCUUUUGUCUUGAGUUCUCUUUGGGGGCUUUUUUUGUCUUGCAAAUAGGUCUGAGGGAAAGGGUCAGAAGUCCUAGGGUCAAGGGUUAGAGCUCAUACAAGACUGUAACUAGUGAAUUUGUACAACCAAAGAAGUCUAUUUUGUGGUUCAGGAAUAAUAAAUUUUACUUUUCAUUUAAGAAGCUGA